AGCAAGAAGAAUUGGCCAAGAUCUUAUACAUUUAGCUAAGCACGAGAUCUAGAGUUGGCAACAACAUCACCUCGUAUUUAGGUCGACAAAAAGAAACACUAUUGAUGUCUUAUCGUAGGCUGUUGUGGAACUGAGAAAAAGAGAGUGAGAACGCGAAGGGAAGAUUUUUUUGGAGCAGUGAUGGAAGAACUUACCGCCUUUGUGUCCAAGUCUUUUGAUCAGAAAGUCAAGGAAAAGAAGGAAGUGAUAACGUACAGGGAGGUGUUGGAGACCGGAUCGGUGCGAAGCAGGGAAGCGCUCUCCGCUGAACCGAGUCGCGAGGAGGUGAACGCUAUUGCCCGCGGAGGCGCUCGAUCACCGGGUAGAGAACCGGACAUGCUUGGGCCAGAGAGAACCAGGGAUGCGGGAAGCCCUAAACUCAUUGAUGGUAACACGGAUAUGAAAGAACGAAAAGAGGAUUCCAAACCCAUGGAGGACGAGACACAAACUAAAAUCAAGCAGAGGAGAAGUCGGACUAACUUUACUCUGGAGCAAUUGAAUGAGCUCGAGCGGCUGUUCGAUGAGACCCAUUACCCUGACGCCUUCAUGCGCGAGGAGCUGAGCCAAAGGCUGGGGCUGUCCGAGGCGCGCGUGCAAGUUUGGUUUCAGAACCGGAGGGCCAAAUGCAGAAAGCAGGAGAAUCAGUUACACAAAGGGGUACUCAUCGGAGCUGCUAGUCAGUUUGAAGCUUGUCGCGUAGCGCCAUAUGUCAACGUGGGAGCCUUGCGGAUGCCAUUCCAACAGGAUAGUCAUUGCAACGUGCCGCCCUUCUCCUUUCAGGUCCAGGCGCAACUGCAGUUGGACAGCGCAGUGGCCCACGCGCAUCAUCACCUGCACUCUCACCUGGCAGCGCACGCACCUUACAUGAUGUUUCCAGCUCCGCCAUUUGGGUUGCCCUUGGCUACUCUCGCGGCGGAUUCGGCCUCCGCAGCCUCGGUUGUGGCAGCAGCUGCAGCCGCGAAAAACACCAACAAAAACUCCAGUAUUGCAGACCUCAGACUGAAGGCCAAAAAACACGCCGCUGCUCUGGGGCUGUGACAUGGAGGACAGCGCCUGAAAAAGCCCGCGACAUUGACUGAGAGUCGGCGGCAACAAAGAACAACAACACAUGAGGCGUACAAUGUAAAAGCAAGGACCUUAUUUAUGCCUUUUAAAAUGAAGGACAAACAAUUAUAGGAUAACUAUAAAGAUAGGCUAUUUAUAAAAUGAAAAAAACAAACUGUGAAAUUGAAAAUAAUUUUGGAUCCAGAAGAAGAGAGAGGGAAUUGACGUAUUUACCCAACUCCUGAAGACAACGUGGGAAUAGAAGCAACAAGGAGAGGAGACGAAGAACAUCAACAAAGCGGAGAGAAGAGAAGAUGUCUAUAAAAAGCGAGAUUAUACUGAGUAUAGGAUAACGCAGCUGGGACGUUCGGCUCUUUGUGUGACAAAGCGAACAAUUCUGCGCAGUUUUACUUUAUUACGUUAUCAUUUCAUUUUGA